GCGUACUGUUGUUGUUGCAGCUUGACCAUGGCGAGGUUCAUCGCCAGAGUUAACUUUAGGGGCUACAUUGCUUCCCAGAUUAGAAUGGCAUCCGACCAGCUUGGUGAGCUGGGCAAAGGUGCGGGGAAAGGAGGAGGUGGAGGUGGUUCCGUGAGAGAGGCGGGUGGGGCUUUUGGGAAGCGAGAAGCAGCCGAAGAGGAACGAUAUUUUCGGCAGAAGGAGAAGGAGCAGCUGGCAGCGUUGAGGAAGCAUCACGAAGAAGAGAUUGAUCACCACAAGAAAGAGAUAGAGCGCCUUCAGAAGGAGAUCGACCGCCAUAAGGGCAAAAUCAGAAAGUUAAAACAUGACGACUGAGUCCUGGAUCUGAUUUACUCAUUCCUCUUCAUCACACUCCGACAUUCAAACAGUCAUAUCGCCAAGCCAGUGACUGUUAGAUUGUGUUUGAUAGUCAAAGCAGCUUCUGUAUGAUAUUGUAUAUGAUACAAUUCAUGUUAAAAUAUAAAUUAAAGGUAAAAUAAAGCAUAAUUUCAAUUUA